AUGCAUUAUUACAGUUUGUAUUAUUAUUGGAAAGCACAGCAAUUACGCCCUAAUGAUUCUCGAAUGUUGGUUGCUCUUGGUGAUGGUUAUGAGAAACUUGACCGAUUACAAGAAGCUAAAAAAUGUUUUUGGAAAGCGCACAGUGUUGGAGAUGUAGAGGGAAUUGCAUUGAUGAGGCUUGCUAGGUUAUAUGAACGGCUAAAUGAGGAGGAACAAGCUGCAGCUGCAUAUAGUCAGUACAUCAACCAAGUACAUCAACAAAAUACCUUGCGUAGAAUUGGAGACCAAGCAAAUUUCUAUGCCAAUGAAGAAAUUGCACAAGCUUAUAAGUAUCUAGCUAAUUAUUACCUACGACAAACUCGCCUCGAUGAAGCUUAUUAUGCAGCCCAGCAAUGUACCUCAUACAAUGAAACAAAAGAAGAAGGGAAAGCUCUGUUGCGUCAGAUUGCACAUAUGCGAGUUGGAGAAGGAGCUAACCAAAUGGAUGAAAGUACAGAUUCUAUCACUGGAGAGUUACCUGAUACAACAACAGAACAUUCACCUUUGAUGCGAAUUGUCAGUGGAAGGCAUAGAUUCACUCCACCUUAA